ACGGAACGCGAUUUUUUAACUGGAGACCCCUGGAACGCGAUUGUGCUAGUUUUUAGUAGCGAUUUGAGGCUUUUCCUGUUAAAACCUGGCAACCCUGCUUUCCUCUUCGUCACAACGCGGAAGUUGACAGAAAUAAGAAGAAAACAGGUAGAACGUCUCUUCCUUAAAAACGCUUCCUUCAUUCUUUUUAAACAACAAACUUAACCUUUUAAACGAAGAAGGUAUAAUGUUUUAAAUCGCUCUGCGAUAUUUAAACGUCUUUUAAACUCGGCUGAGAAAACUGCCGUUUAAUGAAAGUGAAAGUUAGCUAACGUUAGCUACAACAUGGCAGAAUACAGUGACGAAGAUAUCACAGACAGGCCAUCACUUCUAGAGUCAGACUUAACGUGUCCUGUGUGCAAAGACAUUUUUAAGGAGCCCGUGUUGCUCUCGUGUAGCCACAGUUUCUGUCAGGAAUGCCUGGAGGGCAGUUGGAAGAACCAGUCCAAGCGGCAGUGCCCGAUGUGCCGAAAAUGCUGCGACGGAGAGACCCCGAUCCCCAACCGCGCACUAAAAAACACCUGCGUGUCCUAUAAGAAGGAGAGGAACUGGAGAGGACAGGGUACGGGUAUAGACGAGGUUAUCUGUGGUUUGCACCAGCGGCCCUUCCAGCUCUUCUGCAUUAAAGACGAGGAACCCGUUUGCGUCGAGUGUGUGACACUUCAUCCGGGACACGAGUUGGUGCCUAUAGAGCAAGGAGUGCCUUUCUGCAAGGAAGAGCUUAACAUGAAAAUCAAAAUACUGGAAAGUAAGCAGGACUCCUUUAAAAGAAUGAAAAAAAGAUAUAAAGAAACCAUCUCCUUUCUUGAGAACCAGACUAAGGAUGCAGAGAAACAAAUCAAAGAAGAGUUUGAAAGACUCCAUCAGGUCUUACGUGAUGAGGAGUCAUCUAGAAUACAUGCGUUGUAUAGAGAAGAAAAUGAGAAGAAGCAAAUGGUGAAUGAGAAGAUUGAAACCAUCAGUCGUGAUAUCACGGCUCUUGCAGAACUGAUUCAGUCAGUAAAGAGGGAAAUGGGAGCUGAGGAUUUGACUUUCCUUCAGAAUUUCCAGAAGCUAAAAAGACGAACCCAGUGGACUAGUGAGGAACCAAAGAAGGUUCAAGGAGCACUCAUCAACAUGGCCUUGCAUGUAGGUGCUUUGGGUUACAAAGUCUGGGAGCAGAUGCUGACUCAUGUCACAUGUUUGCCUGUAAUCCUGGAUCCCAACACAGUCUCGCCCUGGCUCUCCAUAUCUCCAGAUUUUUCCAGUGUGCAGCAGAGUCUGGAAAGACAGACUUUCCCAGACAACCCUGAGAGGUUUGAUCCCUGUGUUUUUGUCCUUGGCUCAGAGGGUUUCUCCUCAGGGCGCCACCGUUGGGAGGUCCGUGUGGCUGACCACCCCAAAUGGAUCUUAGGAGUAUGUAAGGAGUCAGUGGUUCGGAAGAGAAAGUUCACAGUAACAACAAAAGCUGGAGUGUGGACCAUCGGUCUGAGUAAAGGAGUCUACAGUGCACUGACUACUCCACGCACUGAGCUGAGUCUAGAUAGAAGGCCUGAAACUAUCAGGGUAAAGGUCAAUAUGGAGAAGGGAGAGGUGUCCUUCUGGGAUACAGGCAACAACAAGCACCUAUGUACAUACAAUGAUAAGUUCAAUGGAAAGCUGUUCCCCAUCUUUGGCCCAGGCCUCCAGAGCACACCCAUCACUAUCUUGCCUGCUAAAGUGACCAUACACAAACAAUAAGUAAAUAUGCUUUGUAAAUAAUGCUUUAAAUCUAAACCUGGUGAGGCUGAAGAGGCUAAAACAUUCACUAAAGUUGCUACUUAUUUUGAACAGAUUUCAAGGAACUUUUCGGAAUCAGUGCAAAUUAAUCUGUCAACAGCAUUUUUGGCAUAAUUCUCCAUGUCUAUUUUUUU